AUGCCUAGAUCUAUGCUUAAGAAAUUAGGUUUGGGAGAACUUAAGUCAACCACCAUUUUGUUACAAUUAGCUAAUUGUUCUGUAGCUAGACCUGAUGGUAUCAUUGAAGAUGUGUUAGUUCAAGUGGGAUCCCUCAUCUUUCCUAUUGAUUUUGUUAUAUUAGAUUUUGAGCUUGACACCGAUGUUCCUUUUAUAUUGGGGCGCCUGUUCUUAGCAACAGGUAGUGCACUUAUUGAUAUGGCUGCAAGUAGAUUGAUUAUGAGAGCACAUGACAAAGUGGAGGUGUUCGAUGUAUAUAAUGCACUGAAGUUACCUACAGUCUAUGAAGCGCUGUCCGCUAUAACCAUCAUUGAUGAGAAAGUCUUAGCUCAAUGUAUUUUAGCAAAAGAUUCUUUGGAAAGAGUCAUGAUAGGUCAAGAUAUUGAAGAGGAUAUAUAA